AUGCAGCAAUAUCGUUUAUAUGGUCCUGCUACUCUUGCAGCUUCCGUAUGUGGAAUAGCAUUUGUCGCACUAAUUGUAAUAGUUCCGGUAAUUCUGAAUGAUAUAGCACAAAUAGAAGAAGAAUUAACAUUACAUCGUGAUCAGUAUCAGAUUAUGUCUAACACAAUCUGGCAUUAUUUAAUGCAACAAAGUCAGCAGUUACGUUUAACUCGUUCAGUAAGACGAAAUCGAUCACAAUAUGGCAGUGAAGAAGAAGAAAGUGGUGGUAGGACGAGUGGUGCAGAAGAAGGAAGAGAUGGAUACGGUGAAGAAGGAAGCGAAAGAAGGGAAGAAUAUGAGAGUGAAAGGUUACCAAUUCGUAUGAAAGGUCAAAAUCGCUGUCCUCGGGGACCACCUGGAGCACCUGGUGAGCCGGGUGAACGAGGUGAAAAUGGUAAGGAUGGAUUACCUGGCAAGGAAGGUAUUUCAAGUAUUAAUGAAAGUACGAAAGAAGGCCCAUGUAUACAGUGCCCUCCGGGAGAACCUGGUUUACCGGGUUACAAAGGAAAAAGAGGAUCACGUGGACCACUGGGUAAAAAAGGCGAACCUGGGAAGCCUGGACGUGAUGGCGAGGUUGGUGAGGAAGGACCUGAAGGUGAUAUUGGUCAAAUUGGACCACAAGGACCUCCUGGUGAAAAUGGUAGACCCGGAAAAGAUGGCUAUCAAUAUAUUCGUGGUCCACCUGGAAAAAAAGGCGAUACUGGGCCAAGAGGACCGGAAGGAGACCAAGGUCCACCUGGCGAACGAGGUGAAGAAGGCGAAACAGGAUUACCUGGAGUACCUGGCCGUCCUGGACCAAUAGGAGUAGAAGGACCACAAGGUAUUUCCGGGCCAAUUGGACAACCGGGAAAAAUGGGUGCUGAUGCGGAAUACUGUCCUUGUCCGGUACGGAAUGUUAAGGGAGACAGUGCCAGAUAUGAUUUCAAACAGCCAUCAAAUGAAGUUGAGGAAGAUGGCAAUCGAUUGAUAAGUAUUUAUCGGAAAAUUAGACCAGAGAGGAAAUCCUACAAAAUGAAACGAAUUACCGAUAAAUUACCAACGAUUCAUCCACGUUAUGGUAUAUGA